GAGAGGAGAAGGUGAAGAAGAAGAAGAAGUGGUGGAAGUGCUAAAAAUGGGCCAAGCUAAUAAAAGCAACGUGUGUGCGGAGCCACAGAUGGAAGGGACACGCGUGAAGAACAACAUGAAUGUCGUUCACAGAACCGGACGUUGUUGAGGUAAUGUCGUGUGGAAGUGGACACUUUCAUUUAAAAACCCAAACUCAUUGAAACUUGACGUUUGAUUUGCGCGUCCAAUCCCGUGCAUCAGUUUUCGCCUUCAGAUUUUGAAAAACAAUGGCCGACGGUGAGGAUAUCCAGCCACUCGUCUGCGAUAAUGGGACAGGAAUGGUUAAGGCUGGAUUUGCUGGUGAUGAUGCUCCAAGGGCUGUGUUUCCCAGCAUUGUUGGUCGGCCACGUCAUACCGGUGUGAUGGUUGGAAUGGGGCAAAAGGAUGCAUAUGUUGGGGAUGAGGCUCAGUCGAAGCGUGGUAUACUAACUCUGAAAUAUCCCAUUGAGCAUGGUAUUGUGAACAACUGGGAUGACAUGGAGAAGAUCUGGCAUCACACCUUCUACAAUGAACUCCGUGUGGCCCCAGAGGAGCACCCUGUUCUGCUCACUGAAGCCCCUCUCAAUCCAAAGGCUAAUCGUGAGAAAAUGACCCAAAUCAUGUUUGAGACAUUCAACACACCUGCCAUGUAUGUUGCCAUCCAGGCUGUUCUGUCCCUCUAUGCCAGCGGCCGUACAACUGGUAUUGUUCUGGACUCUGGAGACGGUGUGAGCCACACUGUACCCAUUUAUGAAGGGUAUGCCCUCCCACAUGCCAUCCUCCGUCUUGACUUAGCAGGGCGUGACCUCACUGAUGCCCUGAUGAAAAUCCUCACUGAGCGUGGUUACUCCUUCACCACCACAGCUGAGAGAGAAAUUGUAAGGGAUAUGAAGGAAAAACUGGCUUAUAUUGCCCUUGAUUAUGAACAAGAGCUUGAAACUUCAAAAACCAGUUCAUCUGUUGAGAAGACCUAUGAGCUGCCUGAUGGACAGGUCAUCACCAUUGGUGCCGAGCGCUUCCGUUGUCCCGAAGUCCUCUUCCAGCCAUCCAUGAUUGGAAUGGAAGCCGUUGGCAUUCACGAGACCUCGUACAAUUCGAUUAUGAAGUGUGAUGUUGAUAUCAGGAAGGACUUGUACGGAAACAUUGUUCUCAGUGGUGGUUCUACCAUGUUCCCUGGUAUUGCUGACAGAAUGAGCAAGGAAAUCACUGCCCUGGCCCCGAGUAGCAUGAAGAUCAAGGUGGUUGCUCCACCCGAGAGAAAGUACAGUGUCUGGAUUGGUGGCUCUAUCUUGGCUUCUCUCAGCACUUUCCAACAGAUGUGGAUUGCGAAGGCAGAGUACGAUGAGUCUGGUCCUUCAAUUGUACACAGGAAAUGCUUCUAAAUGCAGCAGAACGGCUUGGUGUCCUCGAUUGGCAAUACAGUAGCACCUUGCAAUGAUUCAAGAAUUUUCUUGAAAAAUGUUUGUGUUGUUAGAACAGUGAACUAAGAUAAAGUGGAGUUUUAUGGCAGAAUUAAUUCUUUCAUUUGUUUUGUUUUACCAUUGUUAAUUGUUGAACAGUUGAUCUCUAAUGAUAUAUCAAAACCAUUUCAGCUUAUUACU